AUGGAUGUGUGCACGGCAAGGAAGGUGAAAGGUGGUGUAAUGGUUCAGCAAGUGGACAAUGAAGGGGACAAGGGUGGAGAUGGCAACUUAGGGGUUCAACUAGCAACAAAAGAAGAAGAAUCAUAUAAGGGAAUGUUUAAGAACCUAUCCCAAGAUUUGUGGGAGUAUUUUCCUGAGAAAUUUGAGUUUGUUGGAGAGAGUAGCAAGGGUAGGAGAGAGAAGGGCAAAGGUAAAGCAAAUAUCGCCUACAAGAAAGUGAGCAAAAUGAUUUUGGUGACUUAUGUCGAGCUUGAAAGUGAUUUUAAAGAAUGCGAAAAUAAGGAUGAUGCAUUGAAGUUGGGGCUGGAAUUGAGUGAGGAAGACGAAACUAUUGAAAAAGAAGGUCAUGAGGAAGAAGAAGAGGAUGGGGAAGAGGGUGGUGAGGUUGAAGCUGAAGAAAAGGAUGGUGAGAAAGACGGUGAUGAACAAGGUAGUGAGGAAGAAGGUAAGCAACAAGUUGAGGAAGAGAAUACAAAUGAGGAGGAAGUAAGGGAGGAUUCCAAAGGCGAAGAAAAUGAGGAAUCAAGAAGGAAAGAAGGUGAGAAUGGAGGGAAGGAGAUUAUGGCUGAAAAGAAUAAAAGCUUUUGA